CGACAGUGUUUGGUUCCGUAUAUUUCGAAUGAAUGUCGUUCUUUCAUGAGCGAUGCUUCGUUUUGUUCUAAAUUCGCAGCUCAAAAUGGCGAGUUGUUUCGAAAGUCUUAUUCGAUAAUUGAUAUAUGUUCUUCGAUGCUAGGGGCCACUGAAAGCAACAUCAUAUUUGUACAUGUGGGUAUUUGUAUUUGAAUCAUGGCAUUUAUUCUACUUCUGAAAAGGCUGUUAGUGGUCGCGAUUAUUUUUAUUUGUUUUGAUGGAACUGCCAAAAUGAUAAAAGGAUGUCACCCGACUUCAAAAGCCCUACAUAUCUGCCUGAACAUCUACUUGGAGAAAGAUUUCCCUCUCAUUGAAACCUUUGUGAAGAGCAGGAGGCAUGGAAGAGUGCUUCUGGAGGAUCCAGACCUUCAGAAUAUAUGCAGACACAUCGCCUCUCUUAAUGACUGCUACAAUAGUUUGUGGGGAGAAUGCACUUCCUACUGGCAGGUGGAGAGAUAUUCAAGGCUGAUCCAUCUCAUCAACUCAACCCAUUCUUACCUCUGCUCCAAUACAACAGAUGUUUUGAAAGAUCUUCUUAUAAAUCUUGACUGCUUGGCGAGAGCGAGGGAUUAUCUCGCCAAAUGUUCCCAUGCUGGUUUCAACUGGAUGACAACAUGGAAACAGAUAAUGAGGUUGCGAAUACUGUCUACAGAAAGUUGCCCUAUGUUGAAUGACUACAAAUCCUGCAUGGUACAAGAAUUGGAGGGUGUCAUUUGUGGUAAAGAAGCCAGUAUAGUUUAUGGAGAUUUAAUAGAAGAAUGGCUGAAAACUUUGUGCAAUGAAAAUACUCUGUAUUAUCUGACGUUCACUUCUGUUGCAUCUUCUAGGGUAACUUUGGAAUUCACUUUAUAUACGGUCAUAUUUCUUUUUCUACGAUCUAUAUCAUUCACUUUCUGAAGCAGUUCAGAGAAUUUUGCUAGAAAGUAUCUUUCUGUGUUUCAAAAUGAGUAUCGGCCCUUCAAUAAUGAGUAGUGUUAUAUUCAUGUUCAUCCUUUUCUUUUGCGGAUCAUAUGCUUUUAGUAUAUUUUUCUGAGCAUAUUUUUGCAUAAUCAUCUUUCUUCACUUCCACUUUUCUUUACUUUCUCUUUCUUUUUCCACUUCAGGAGAGAUGAAUGCGCUUGAACGCGUUGCUCCGCAGAGCGACUGCCGUAAGUUUGUCACAUUGCCUCUUUUUCAUUUUUGCUGAAAAGACAUGACAAACUUUAAUUGCAUUUCUUUUGUUAUUCUAUUAUUUCUGAUAUUUGUAUUACUCGCAGUUUGAUUUGAGAAAGAUGAUUGUGGCAGGAUGAAUUUGGAAAAAUUGUUUUGAAAGAAGAAAAUUGUUUCUUUGGAUGGACAAGAAAGCACAGAAAGUUCUCGUGCUCAUGCGUUUUGUAUCUGUCGUGGGAGCUUGGAAUUUUGCAUUUAACAUAAAGAUUCUACUUAUUGCACUAUUCGCGUCAUUUCUGGAUUACACUAACUAAAUUGGAGUUAAUGCUACAAUAAUGAGUUAUAUUACCUCAUAAUUGCCAUUAUUUUAAUAAACGUUUGGUAUAUAGGGUGCUCAGUGAAUGUAACGGCAUAUUUAGAGGAUUAUUAAAAGGCAUCAAAAGGAACAAAAGCACAGAAUGAUAUCCCAAACUCCGAUUGGUCAGAGAAAAUUUCGAACAAUAUCGUCAGGCGCAAUGGCGGAUUUUCGAAAGGGUAGAUUAGGGUAGAUCUAAGCCGAGAGAAGGUAAUAAACAGACAGAUUAGAAAGCUUUAUUUUUCUAGUUAUCACCGGAAUGCGCUUGCAAAAAUUAAAAAUUAUAUAAAUUGUAAAAUAAUAGAAUAAUAUUAUUAACAUUUUCAAGUCUAAUCGAUCUUCUUAUAUUUUUCUGAGUUAUUAAAAUAUUUAUGAACACCGAACAUGCUGCUUCAAUAACAAAUGUGAGUGCCAGAAAAACAAGAGUCUUAACAGAUAAACAGAAAUAAAUACAUUUUGACGAAAUGAAUAAAAUAAAAAUGAUUAACCUUAAAUCAUAGACAUGUUAAAAGUGUUUUGAAAUUAAGUUGAUCAAUUUAUUAAAAGAAGGCGCUUUUAAUGUGAACUGUGCAAGAUCUUGAAAUAAUUUAAAUCCGCCAUCAUUGUUCAGGCGACGAGAAUAAAAAAAUGUAACAAUAAUAACGAAAAGAUUGACUCGAAUAGACAGAUUUGCAAAUCUUCGCAUAGUCUACAAAGAUGUCAAAGCUUGUACAAUACUGUCUACAAUGAUGGAAAAGUAACGAUAAUGAUUUGAAUGAAAUUAUUAUAGAUGUCACUCGAAUUGACAGACUUGAAUAUUCUUGCAAAGGUAUAAUGCAUUUGUUCUCUCAGAGGUUCCAGUUAUGCUAUUGAUACUAGAUUGAAACUGAAAUGACUGAUUGAAAUUUACAAAUGCAUUCAGCGAUCAAUUGACACCCGCUUUUUGUCUGCUCCGAAAUCAAAUCUCCAUAUAUAUUUAUAUCGACUAAAUAAAUGCCUUAUGCACUUUCAUUUCCCGUUCCCUUUGGUACUUUUUAACAAGCUUUUGAGUUUGUUACCUCAUUAUUUGAAAAGCAUAUUUUCUAUAAUAAAAAAAUAAAAGUCUAUUUUUUUUCUUUUCUAUGAUUUUCUUUUCUAUGAUCUUUCUAUUCCUGACUAACUGAUGCAAACAGACGAAUAUGAAAAUGACAUGAAAUGAUUUCCAAAAUAAGAAUAUUCCGAAUCAAUUUCAUCAUCCGUUAAAUCAGAUGCUAUAAGUUUUACGACCAGUUUUUCCUUUUUCUGUGAUACCUGUUACUUGCUUCUUUAAAGAGAAAAUAAAUGUAACUGAAAGUUAUUUGAAAUUAUUGGAUCAAAUAGAAUUUUUCUUUUUGUGAAUUAUGCUACAUUCUUAUAUUUCUUCCACCUGUAUUUGCUGUGGUAAGUUUUCAAUAUGUUAUUUACUUUAUCUAUCGAUAUUUUCUUUAAAUGCUGCCUUUUACAGUCUAACAUAGGAUUACUGAUUCUAAGUUCAAGAGACUUGAAAAAAUGUUUCAAAGUUGUUUCAAUAGAUUAGACUGUAUUUGAGCAAAAGUAGAAUUUUCGACGAUUAUCUCAAUCCUUCUCUUCACUUCGAUGUGUACAAUAUCAGGUCAUCAUAUUCCUAUUUAAUUUUAUGCUCAGUAUUGUUUCACACUAUAUAUUCAUUUUAAAAAUUCAUACACCAGUCACUUGGUUCUUGUUUUAAUAUGAUUGUAUGACGCACGAUGUUAACGUGUUAAUGGUCUUAACGUCAAGAACUUAUAUGUUCUUACUUUAUAGUCAGUAAGACCCCAGAUUGACAUUAUGUAUGACAUGUGACAUUAUUUUGGUCAGCAAUAAUUCAAAAUUGAUAUUUUGUAGGAAGAUGAUAGAAUCAUAUUCAGGCCAACUUAACUAAAUGUAAUAAGUAGUUUAUCCAUAUUGUAAGCUUAAGUUGUCUCUGACUGAUCCACUGUUUAAUAAUAAUUUUCAAUAGAAUACAUUCAUAUUACAGCACAGCUGGAUACAUCUUGUAUCUUUUUCUUAAAUAUGAAUAAUCUUUUUCAAUCAAAAAUUAUUACUUUCAAGAAAUAAUAAUUAGAACAUUUUUUUUUCUUAAUUCUUCUAUUAACUUAACCUCUUCAUAGUCCGUAAUGCGUCUAGCGCAUUCAAGUGAAAUUUCUGUAGGGAGGCCGUAACGCGCUUCUUCAAGUGUUCUUCCACAUUUUAAAAUUUUUAAACGUUUAAAACGCUUUGUAAAUGUUUACCUGUUUGAGUUUUUAUUUUCGUUUGUUCUAAUUCAAUGAAAAACAGAGGACAGCCAGAAAUCUUUGUGGCCAGAAAAGGACAACGAAAGGGUUAAACCAUGAAAUUUUCUGUGAUUGGAGCACAUAUUUUUCUUCCGUUAUUGUUAUUGCGCCAUUCCAAAAUUUUAUUCACGUUUUUUUCAUAUCUCAAUUUUCCCGGAUCUUUUUAAAAUUAUUGUCUAAACUUAUUAGUUCUUUGCGGUAGUUAUAUACAAAAAGUAUUCUUUCCUAAAUCAAGCAAUCCUUAAAAAAUUCUCAUCUAAAUUAAUCUCAUCUUUAAUUGUGCGAUGUUAGAUUCUCUUUAUAAAUAAUAUCCAUAAGUACUCAUUCAAGUGUAUGUUCCUGUUUGAAUUCGAAUGUGCUCAGUACCCUUUGCUCCAAUGCUUGUUAUGCUUUCGCAAUUUUGUGUAAAUUCUUUUGCAUAGUUCAUAAAAAUAACCAAAAUUUAACCAACAUGAAAAUAGUUUUCUUUAAAGUGACUUUAUUCUAAAUACUUAUGUUUGAAAAUUAUAUUUCUCUUUAUAAGAAAAUGUAUUUGUAUGGCUCAGUUUGAGUGCUUAUUAUCAAGUGAGAACGCGAUGUUGUUUUCGGAAUAGGGUUUGUGUUGUCGGUCAGGUAUAAAGACAAUCGGUCAUCGGAGAUUAUAGAUGAUGGGAAGUGGCUUUAAAUUGGGACCGCAGAAAACGUAAAAUAUCAGAAAAAAUUACAAAUGCUAAACGUUUCAGUUUAGAUUCUGAAUUGUUGCCAUUUACUUUUAUCUUUAAUCACAUCAUUGAAAAUAUUUCUAUAGAAAGAUUAUAGUAGGAAGCUCACUCUACUUUUUUCAAAGUACUUCCUAAUGAAUAUUCAAUUUAACAGUACAUUUCAUGUUAUCAACCAUGGUUUACAAAAACAAUUAUUAGAAUCAACCAUUAUCACAAGUUAUUGUACGAUACUUCAACAAUGUUGUUUGAUUUUGUAAAUGACGGAUUUUACCGCCGGAUGUAAUAAACAUAUUAUUGAGUAUUUUGUGCUAAUAGGAAUGAUUAUAAUAUAGUAUUAUAAACUUCCGUAAUUGUUGGCAGUAAUUGAAUCAAAAACACCUUAAGAUCUUUUUCUAUGUAAAUACAUAUCUGAAAUUUUAAACUCAGCAGAUUGAGUAUCAAUCAAAAUCCAUUUUAUUUUUAUUUCUUUAUCUCUACUUUAAAAUUGGGAUUUUUUUUUUGCUUAAAGUUUUUCUUUAAAUUGAAGAUUUGGAGAUUAACUGAAUUCCCCACCCCUACCCCUAUCGAAUUUGGAAACGCAAUAUUUCAUACCCUAGUCAUGUUUGAUAAACAGGUUUGAACAGGAAAGAUUGAAGUUAUUUUGAAGAUAAAUGUUUAAUUCUCAUAGAUCCAAGUGUUGAAAUGCACGUUGAAUAUUCAGUCCGUCGGAAUUGAUGGUUCUCUUAGAUGUGAGCUUCUGACUUUCUUAAUUUAUGCCUUUCAGUAGAAAGUUGGAUUGCGUCCAGGAAUUAUGAACCGCUAACAUUUUGUGUUUCGUUCAACUUUUUUUUACGAAUGCAAAAAAUGUCAUAAAACUAAAGUGAUUUAAAACAUUUACGUAAAAUGUAACAAAUAAACAUAUUUCACUGUUUAUUUUAAUUUAUCAUACCAUGAAUGUUAUUUUUUCAUUUUGCUUCUCUUUUUAUGUAUAGAAUUAAAAAUAUGAUCAUUUACUUUUUAUGUAUAGAAAGUAAGUAAUCAUUUGGAAAAUUUCAUUUUUGCGAGAAUGGGAGAUGUUAAAAAUUACAAUGUAAUGUCAAUUUCUUGUUAAAUCUUAUGUCCAAAUACUUUUAACAUAAAUAUAUAAGUUUCGGUUGGAUCAUUAGUGUCAAAAGUGGAGUGUGGUUUGAUUUUAAAAUAUAUCUGUAUGUCGUUUAAUUUUAAAUGCUUUUAUUUGUUUGCGUUAAAUCGAGCUUCUUUAGAAUAUUCCUUGAAAUAAGUUUUGUAGUUUUUUCCUUAAUUAUUUUGUGACGAAUAUUUUUAAUUUUUAGAGUAUUGUGGUAUGAAAUAUUUGAUUUAUUUGUAUUUUUAUGACUAUUUAUCCGAUUAAUGUGAUAAUAUUGUUAUUACUUUUAUUAACAUUAUUUUUUAUUACUUCAAAGAAGUGGCUGUGAUGCAGAAAAGGUUGUGGUUUUAAUAUUUUAUAUUUUAUUCUUUUAUAUUUAAUUUUAUCUUAUGAAUCUGAAAUUUUUGUGGUUGUGAUCUUAUUUCAAGAAAUGCUCAAAAGCAUUUCAAUAUAGAUAUAUAGCAUGCACAAAAUAAAGUU